CCGUUACCAUGACAGUCUAUCAAAAUCCGACUUGUCCGAAGCAGCAUCCCCAGCAUCUCAUCAUGCUGCCUACCGCCGACGUAUUUGAUUGUCAGCCCUUGUCCUCCAAAGACGAAGCCGCGUUGUUGGCCCAAGCCUCGAGUGCGUGGAAAGGGCUCGUGGACAACGCCAUCUCGUCCGAGUUGUAUCGCAUUGAAAAAGUCGUGCGCAACGAAACCACGGGCCGCUGUGCCACGCUCCGAAAGCCCAGGGACACGAUCAACGUGAACCAAGACGGCGUGGUCGCCCACACACGAACCCGCGCGACGAUCGAGCAGGCCGCGGCGUUCUUCUACUUGGACACCUCCAUCAAAGCCGAACAAUUCGCACGGGUUAUGGACGAACUCGUUGAAGCAAAGCGGACGCUGUAUACCCUCGUGGAUCGCCCAGUUGUCGACGACGGGGUCAACAAGCCACUCGACUACAUUUCCGUCGACUGGAUGAUGAUCAAGUUCAAGAAGGGGGUACCGGCGCGAGAUCUGUGCUACCUAGAGAUCCACAAAGAAUUCAAGUUUGCGUGUCCGCUCACGGGCGUCACCCGACGGGGGUGGGUGCGCUGCAUCCACUCGGUGCGCAUGGACUGCUGCCCUGACAUGCAAAAGAAGUAUGGUGUCAUUCGCAUGGAGAUUCAACGUUCAGGGCACGUGUUUAUGGAAUCCAACGAAGCGGGGGUGCUCGACUACUACAAAUUGUACUUUGGCAGCCCACGGGGCGCCGUCCUCGGCAAGCAUUUCAACGGGUUGUACCUCAAAGGGGCAAUGCGGACGUCUGCUCGUGCGAUCUUAAACCUGGACGAACAUUUCACCACGGAGCGGUUAAAGCCGCUGCUAUCCACCCCCCUGCGGGACGAAAAAGUUGAUGCCAAGGCGUGCUCGGGGUGCCAUGGCAGCUUUUCGUGGCGCACCACCAAACGACUGUGUCGGGCUUGUGGAGCUGCGAUCUGUGUCAAGUGCAGUUCGCUGUGGUCGCUCACAUUGCAGGGCUCCGCCGUCAAAGUGCCGCUGUGCGCCCCGUGCGUCGGCUCCAACUUGGACGCAAACGUGAUGGAAUCCGGCCAAAUCAUAUACGACGUGAUGGAGGCUAGUCGCGUGUCGGACGACUUUGCCUUCUGUGUCGGAGGAGCGCAGUGGGGCCAAGAGGUAGCUGCACUCCCAAAGUCCCCCGGAAGCGGCUGCGUAACCGUUCGAUCAACCCCCAGCGACAGCGGAAACAGACACAUGAUCGCCAACAGCAGAAGCGGCGGCGGGUCCAACGACGCCGCACUCAAUGACCUCAUGUGCUCGAUCGACCAGCAAAAAGACCUGCUGAUCAAAAUGCAAGAAGGUUUAGCGGCCCGAACCCAGUGAUGCGAAAUUCCAUAAUUAUAUUUAUACCUAUAACGUUAACAUGAUCACC